AUGGCGACCCUCAAACCUCCAACAAAUACCCACCGCUCCUCAUCCUCCUCCCACAGCUCCGGCCCACCAAAAGCCCCCCUAAAAGCCGACCUAACAGCCACAAUCGCCGACACCGUCGUCUUCCAAGGCCGAUACCCCGUCACCAUCGGCGCAGGGACAGUCAUUCACCCGCGCGCAAAAUUCUACGCAUACGAGGGCCCAAUCGUCGUUGAGGAUGGCUGUAUAAUCUGCGAGAAAGUGGUGAUCGGCGCUCCACCGAGUUCAUCUCGCUCGCCGUCACCGUCUAGAUCAGCAAGCCCAUCCCCAAGCACAACACCCACCGAGUCUGGGACGUCGACGCCCGAGCCUAGGAAAGAGAUAUCGACGCGGAUCUCAUACUUCGUUACUGUUGGUCCGUUGGCGACGGUCGAACCCGGUGCUCAUAUUCAUUCUUCUGCUACGAUCGAGGCUCUGGCGACGAUUCGCCGGGGCGCGGAUAUCGGUGCGCACUCGAAGGUGUGUUCCGGGUGUGAAAUUGCCGCCGGCGGAUCUGUCGCUGAGUGGGUUGUUGUAUAUGGGAAAGGACCUGGGAUGCGGAGGAAGAGAGCUCGUGGUGUCAAGGGGAUGAGUCCGGCUGUUGUGGGUGCGGCGCAGGUUGCGCAGACGCCUCUGCCUGGUCCUGCGCCGGCGGGUAAGGUUAUUGAGGAUGCGAGGUUGAUGGUCCUCCAGAAGGAGAGGGAGGUACUUGGGAGAAUGCUUGUUCCUGCUGCUGGAGGGAGAAAGAAGUGA